ACAGAUCGAACCCCUUUUGUUUCCCAGCGGUUGCAGUGGGAUCUACUCAAACUCAACCGGGAAAUCAGUGGGAGCAGCCAGCUUUUGUGCUCACAGCUUUUAUAAACCAGCACACUGCCACUAGCUAUUAAGGCUAGAGCUAGAGAGCCCCAGCACCCAUCUGUCUCUUCUUGGCCGCCUUCCUCCUUGGUGCUGGUGCCUGCCCUGCUCGAGAGCAAGAUGGCCAGUGGAGCUCGCCCGUCUCCAUCCCUCCUGCUCUUCUCUCUGGGGCUCCUGCUCCUCUGCUUCACCUCAGGAACCACAGUUCGCUUGGCCGAGGCACAGAAAACAUGGUGCGUGGCGAAGCCUUCAGCUGACGAGAAGGCCCUGAUAGCGAACAUCAACUACGCGUGCGGCAACGUGAGCUGCAGCGUGAUCCAGCCGGGCGGCCCGUGCUACAAACCCGACAACCCCGUCUCGCACGCCGCCGUCGCCAUGAACCUCUACUACGCCACCUACGGCAGGCACCCCUGGAACUGCGACUUCCAGAAAUCCGCCCUCAUCGUGCAGUCCGACCCCAGUUACGGUUCUUGCACAUACUACUGAUUUCCUCUACCGAGGUUGAGCCGAGGCCGUGGUCGAUGCGGUCUGAGGAGUAGCAGCAUAUUGCUGCGAGCGAAUUGCUCCAGCAACAUGUGUUAAAAUUAGCCGAGGAACAGCGUGUUGGGUGAGUUGUGCGUCAACUGUUGGUCUGUGUUUUGCCCGUUGGUUUCAGAUGUCCAUUCAGUGGGAACUUGUUAUUAAUCCAUGUGUGUCGUAUUAAUAAUUAUCAUUAUCCUA